AACUUGGAUUCCAGGCAUAGGACAGUUAUUUAUUCCCAUCUGGUUUAGUGUGCUGAGCCAUGUGGUUUUAACAUGUACCACACUGCAAAUGCAUACGAUGAUCUUGAUGAUGACAUUUCUACUCAAUAUGUCAUUCAACAAAGUUUGCAGGAUGUGCAUAAGAAUGAGACGGUGACCACAGCAGAGAACAACAGAUCUCAUUUUGCCACAAGUGCAAAUCACAGAAAGAUAAUCACUGCCAUUAGAACAGGUGAAGAAGAGACUUUGCUUAAGUUGAUAAGCCACAGUUCUGCUUUUCAGGAACAAGAUGAACACGGCUGCCUUCCUUUACAUGAAGCUGCAGCCCAACUGAACAAACGUAUCCUAGAAAUAACUCUGAAAGCUUCAGACCCCACUGUAUGGCAACAGACAAAUGUGAAAGGAGAGACACCUCUCUUCGUAGCAGUGGAUAAAUGUCUUGUGGAAAAUGUCCAUUUUCUGCUACUCAAUGGCUGUAAUCCUAAUAUUAAGAAUGAAGAUGGAGACUCUCCUUUAUUUAUAGCUGUUCAACAUGACUCCUAUGAAAUUGCCUCCUUGCUGAUUCAAUUUGGUGCCAACGUCAAUCUGCAGUGUGUCAACAAGAGGACAGCUUUACAUGAGGCAGCCAAGCUUGGCAGAAAAGGCAUGGUGGAAUUUCUGCUUUGGUCUAAAGCAGAUCCUGAUCCACGGAGUUCAUAUGGCCUUACUCCUCUAGCACUGGCAGCACAGAAUGGGCAUACAGAAAUUCUGGAAAUCUUACUGCACAAAGGCGCCAAUGUUCUUUCCCAGGCAUCAGAUUCUGCAUCCAUAUUAUUUGAAGCUGCUGGAGGAGGAAAUCCAGACUCUGUCUCGCUUCUCCUAGAUUAUGGGGCUGAUGCCAAUGUACCAAAGCAUUCAGGUCAUCUGCCCAUCCACAGAGCUGCUUAUAGAGGACACUUAUUACUUUUACAAAUCUUGGUUCCUGUGACAGAUUACUCUGCCAUAAAGGAGAGUGGAAUCAGUCCAGUUCACUCAGCAGCCGCAGGAGGCCAUCCUCAGUGCCUUGAGUUCCUUCUCAAAUAUGGAUUCGAUGCCAAUUUCAUGUUGCAUCAGAGAGUCCGCAAAGGUUACGAUGAUGAAAGGAAAUCAGCUUUGUAUUUUGCUGUCUCAAAUGGGGAUAUUAACUCUGCUCGGCUGCUACUAGAAGCUGGAGCCUUACCCAACCAAGACCCUGUUAACUCUCUCCAGGUGGCCUUAAGAAUGGGCAACUAUGAGCUUGUGAGCCUCCUUCUUCGCCAUGGGGCCAACGUGAACUACUACUGCAGGGUUAAUACAACACAUUUCCCAUCGGCUCUGCAGUACACACUGAAAGAUGAAGUCAUGUUAAGAAUGUUACUGAAUUAUGGGUACGAUGUGGACCGUUGCUUUGACUGUUCUCAUGGAGACAAGAAUUCCCAGUACAUGUUUGAAGGAUGGACCUCUACAGUUAUUAAAGACAAUAUGUUCUGUGAAGUGAUAACUGUAGCAUGGUUAAAGCACCUCUCUGGAAAAAUAGUACGCGUGAUGCUAGAUUAUGUGGAUCGUAUAAGACUCUGUUCUAAACUUCAGGAUGUUCUUCAAGAGCAAAAAUUCUGGCCAGAAAUCAAUACCAUUUUGACAAACGUCCGACCCUUGAAACAUCUUUGCCGUUUGAAAAUCCGGAAGUGCUUAGGACGUUUGCGCCUACGUUGUCCUGUCUUCCUGACAUUUCUGCCACUACCAAAUCGCUUGAAAGAUUAUAUACUCUAUAAGGAAUAUGAUCUCUAUGGAGAAGGAAAUCUGAAAGGCAAUUACUAAUUCAAGAUCAUAAGUUUAAGAUAUUAACCAAAACUAACAUAUAUAUUAUGUAAUUGUUUUCUCUAUAUAGUAUUGACUGUUUUUUUAUGUAAUGUACGCACAAGUAGCUUAAAAAUUCACUGGGUAAUAAAACAAAACCUGUUGCAGAA